AUGGAUCUUGGGUUGGUGAAAAGGGGGAUCAAUUUCUCUCAGAGAAAGAAGAAAUGGCUGAUUUUGCUUGCUGUAUUUGGUUUUUCAGGUUAUGGAGUGUAUAAAGUGUAUAACUGUCCUUCUGUAGUAAGAAAGAGGAACAGGCUUCUAAAGCUCUUGGGAGCCCUGGUUUCAUUAGCCGACAUGGUAUCUGAGUCAGCCGAGACAAUUAAUAUUGUCUCCAAGGACUUAAAGGAGUUUUUGCAGUCUGAUUCAGACCAAAUUCCCAAUAGUGUGAAGCAACUAUCGAAAAUUGCUCGGUCGGAUGAGUUUUCUGACUCGUUAAUUAGACUUUCCGAGGCUAUGAUGGUUGGGGUUUUAAGGGGUUAUCGUUCAGAGAGGAAAGAGGAAAUUGAAGAAGUGGAGAAUUCGAGUUUUCCUGAUCGGGUUAUGGAUAAAAUGAUUUCUAGUGCAGGGACUGGGUUUGUUUCAGUUGUUGUUGGUAGUUUUGCAAGGAAUUUGGUAUUGGGAUUUUAUUCAAGUGGCCAAUCACAUGAGGGUUUGAAUGGAAACAGUGACUCUGGUGUGUCCUAUGCUAGGUCAAAUUCGUCCAAUUUGGCUGGAUGGGUAGAUGUGGUCUGCAAUGACAAAAGUAAGGUACUCAUUGCUGAUUGCAUUCAGACUUUUGUGAGAACGGCAGUUGCUGCUUAUCUUGACAAAACAAUGAAUAUUAACUUCUAUGAUGAUAUGUUCUCUGGGUUGACUAACCCUAAGCACCAAACGAAAGUAAUAGACAUUCUGGUUUCUCUCUGCAAUGGGGCAGUGGAAACUCUUGUGAAGACAUCUCACCAGGUGCUGACAUGUUCAAAAUCAAAUUCAGGAUCCAGUUCAAGUUCCUCUUGCUCCAUUGUUGAUCAGAGUGAAGCUGGGAGCCAAACAAAAGACAUUCCUAUUGAGCAAGAAGCAUCUUCAAGAUCAUUGAAAGAGAUGACCCGACCUAUGGAAAUAAAGAAUGCUGGGUGGAUGAGUAGUGUUUCGUCUACAUUGGCAAUGCCAAGCAAUAAGAGGUUUGUGCUCGAUGUGACUGGGAGGGUGACAUUUGAAACUGUUCGAUCUCUUGUGGAGUUUUUCUUGUGGAAGUUAUCGGAUGGUUUGAAAAGAAGUUAUUGUAUGGUCCAGGAAGAGAUUGUGGACAGGGGACUGGAAGUUAUCAGAUAUGCUGGUGCAAAAUCUUUUGUUAUUCUUACCAUAUGUCUUGCCCUGUUUUUACAUGUCCUGGGCAGUACUUGUGCUUUGUUACCUGCUUAA